GUAGCUGCAAACGUGGCGGAGAAGGAGAAAGGAGGGAGAGAAGGGGGCUAUGCCAUCGGCGCAGAGCAACACUGGAGAUCAGCGCCAGACGCCAAACCCUCGGAGAGGCAGACGGAGCUCCUUUCCCCAUGAGAGGAGCAAGAGAAGGAGCAGAACAGGAAGCGAAGGAGGAAAAAUAAAGGGAGGGAACUCCAUCCACGCCUUCUAUCCUCAGCACCUACUUGCUACUCACUGUGCUGUGCAGUCUACUGUUGCUUCACUGGACUCCCUUACACAGCCCUAGCAUAGCGGAGCGUACGGUUCACACGAGAAGAGCAACUGUAAGGCUGUGUUUCUAUGUGGUGUCAGAGGAAGCUGUCAGCACUCGUCAUCAUUAAGGCUUCAUCCAAGGCAAGACCUGACGCAUCAAUAUUUUCUCUUCAAAGGAAUAUCCAUAGUGAAUAAGUCAUUAUCUCCAGCUCAGUAGGACCAUCUCAAAGGAAGAUACCAAUAGUUUGGGUUUGUUGUUGAUGACUGUAUUCACCACAUUAGCUUCUGGAGAAUGAAAGUGGACACCCACUGUUGGAUCUACCUUCUCCAAUCCUCAUUCCAGUACCCCACAUCUACAGCUACGCCAUAUGGAAACGAUCUAAGAAGGUCUAGGUUUUUUUGAGUUCUUCAGUCCAUAAGGUUGUGAUUGGGCUUCUUCUCGGGAAAGGACUCUACGACGCUAGCCAUGACGCCCAUGCAAAAGCUCCUCCAGUUGCCGGUGAACGCGAUGAAUAUGGUGAAAACGGCGCAGGACCAGAUGGGGCAGCAGGAUGAGGCCAAAAGCCCUGUGAUGACCCCGGAUGGCGGAAACCAUAACUGGUACAACGGGGAGCCCAACGACCCGCGCCACAUCCGGUUUGGCAGCGGAGGUGGAGACCAGGAGGAGCGGGCCCACCUGGAGGAAGGGGGAGGCAGUUUAUCCAGCCUUGUGACCCAGCCUUUGCGACAUGAUGACUUGAAGGAGAUGCUGGACAGCAACAAAGACUCCCUGAAGCUGGAAGCUAUGAAGAGGAUUGUGGCUAUGAUCGCCAGAGGGAAGAAUGCCUCGGACCUCUUCCCAGCAGUGGUGAAGAAUGUGGCCUGCAAGAACAUAGAGGUGAAGAAGCUGGUCUAUGUGUACCUGGUGCGCUAUGCUGAGGAGCAGCAGGAUCUGGCUCUGCUCUCCAUUUCAACCUUUCAGAGAGGCCUGAAGGACCCUAACCAGUUGAUCCGGGCCAGUGCUCUGCGUGUGCUCUCCAGCAUCAGAGUCACCAUUAUUGUCCCUAUCAUGAUGCUGGCCAUCAAAGAGGCUGCCUCCGACAUGUCCCCCUAUGUGAGGAAGACGGCAGCUCACGCCAUCCCUAAACUCUACAGCUUGGACCCAGAGCAGAAGGACUGUCUGAUUGAGGUCAUUGAGAAGCUCCUGGCUGAUAAAACCACACUAGUGGCAGGUAGUGUUGUCAUGGCCUUUGAGGAGGUGUGCCCUGAGCGCAUAGACCUGAUCCAUAAGAACUACCGUAAGCUGUGUAACCUGCUGAUCGACGUGGAGGAGUGGGGUCAGGUGGUCAUCAUCAACAUGCUCACUCGCUACGCCCGGACGCAGUUCCUCAACCCCAACAUGAACGAAUCCCUGUUGGAGGAGGGUGGUGGAGAGAAAGCCUUCUAUGGCUCUGAUAAUGAUGACACCGAUGAUGAGGAAGACAAAGAGGAGAAGGAGAAGAAGAAGACCGAGGCGACUGCCAUUGUCAAGAGGAAGCCUUACAUCAUGGACCCAGACCACCGGCUACUGCUGAGGAAUACCAAGCCCCUACUGCAGAGUCGAAACGCAGCAGUGGUGAUGGCUGUGGCUCAGCUAUAUUUCCACCUGGCACCCAAAGCGGAGGUAGGCGUCAUUGCCAAGGCUCUGGUGCGCCUCAUGAGAAGUCACAGUGAAGUGCAAUAUGUCGUCCUUCAGAAUGUGGCAACAAUGUCCAUCAAGAGAAGGGGGAUGUUUGAGCCCUAUCUGAAGAGUUUCUACAUCCGCUCCACAGACCCAACCCAAAUUAAAGUCCUCAAGCUGGAGGUUUUGACCAAUUUGGCCAACGAGACAAAUAUAUCCACCAUCCUGAGAGAAUUUCAGACGUACAUUAAAAGCAAUGAUAAGGACUUUGUGGCAGCCACCAUCCAGGCCAUCGGCCGCUGUGCCACCAACAUUGGGGAGGUGAGGGACACCUGUCUCAACGGCCUGGUGCAGCUGCUCUCCAACCGCGAUGAGUUAGUAGUGGCCGAGUCGGUGGUGGUGAUUAAGAAGCUGCUGCAGAUGCAGCCCGAGCAGCACAGUGACAUCAUCAAGCACAUGGCCAAACUCACCGACAACAUCCAGGUGCCCAUGGCGCGGGCCAGUAUCCUGUGGCUGAUCGGGGAGUACUGCGAGCACGUUCCCAAGAUCGCUCCGGAUGUCCUGAGGAAGAUGGCCAAGACCUUCACCAACGAGGAAGACAUCGUCAAGCUGCAGAUCAUCAACCUGGCUGCCAAACUCUACCUGACCAACUCCAAACAGACAAAACUGCUCACUCAGUACGUGCUGAACCUGGCCAAGUACGACCAGAACUAUGACAUUCGCGACCGGGCACGCUUCAUCCGCCAGCUCAUCGUGCCCACUGACAAGAGUGGUGCCCUCAGCAAGUAUGCCAAGAAGCUGUUCCUGGCCCUUAAGCCUGCGCCCGUCCUCGAAUCUCCAUUUAAAGAUCGAGACCACUUCCAGCUGGGCUCGUUGUCCCACCUACUGAAUGCCAAGGCCGGCGGCUACCAGGUGCUGCCUGACUGGCCCGAGGCCGCCCCAGAUCCCUCUGUGCGCAACGUGGAGGUGAAGGAGUCUGUGCCGGAGUGGACCAAGUGCAGCAGCCGUGAGAAAAGGAAAGAAAAGAAGGCGGACAAGCCAUUCUACUCUGACUCGGAGGGCGAGUCUGGCCCGACCGAGUCUGCUGACAGUGCCUCAGACACAGCCAGCGGCUCAGAGAGUGGCAGUGGCAGUGAGGAGAGCGGCUCGGGAUCCGAGAGUGAGGAGAGCAACGAGGAGUCGGAGUCUGCAAGCGAGGAGGACGAGGAGGAAGAGGGGAAGAAGAAAAAGAAGAAUGUGGAGAAGAUCAAAGCAAGGAAACCUGUUCCAGAAAGUGAAAGUGAGCCGAGCAGUGGAGAGGAUGUGAAGAAAAGCGAGAAGAAGAGCAAACCGCGGAUUGGUAGCUCCGAGUCAGAAUCCGAGGAGGACGACGAUAGUGAGUCAGAGAGCAGCGAGUCAGAGGAUGAGGAGUCAGAAGAGGAGUCAGAGGAGGAGACCAAGAAGAAAAAGAAGACCACAGCAUCUAAACCUCCAUCCAAACCACCCAAAAAAGAGAACAAGAAAGAAAAGAAAGAAAUGUCUCUGCUUGAUUUUGAUGACUUUGACCCCGCUCCAUCUCCGUCUCAAGUCACGCCCCUCAACAACUUCCUGUCCAGCAGCCUAGUGACAGAUCUGGAGGGCUUGUCCCUGACCGACAACGUUCUGUCCCCUACGACCAUCAUCCCAUCUGGCAAUCUGAAGACCUAUGAGCUGCUCCACCGUAUCACCGGCGAGGGCCUGUCAGUGGAGUACUGCUUCAGCCGCCAGCCGUUCAGCCCCGACCCGCACAUGGUGGCAGUCAAAAUCCAGUUCACCAACAGCGCCACCUCCGAGGCCAAGAGCCUGCACGUGGAGGACGCCAAGUUGCAAUCAGGCAUGAGGAUCAAAGAGUUCCCUGAGAUCGAGGUGUUACCUGCGGGCGAGACUGUCAGCGUGGUGAUGGGCAUCGAUUUCUGUGAUUCCACACAGGCAGCCAACUUCCAGCUCUGCACUCACACCAGGAAGUUCUUUGUGUCGAUCCAGCCACCGGUUGGAGAGCUGAUGAUGCCAAUCUUUAUGACAGAAAAUGAGUUCAAAAAGGAGCAAGAGACGCUAUUACAAAGUCUAGGUCAGUUGAUGGGCAUGAAUGAGAUCACAGAGAAGCUGACCCUGGAGGAGAAGUGUCAGGGCGAGCACGCUGUCGUUCAAAGGGUUACCACUGCCGCCAACCUCAGCCGAGUGCCCUGUGGCUCAGACAAGGAGUGCAGCCCUCCUGUAUCUCCUCCCCCAUUUCCGAUUCACAGGUUCGCUGGGAAGACGGUGACCAGUGGCAGCCUUGUACUGGUCAGUGUGGUCACCAAAGAGGACGGGGCCGCCCAGCUGACGGUCAACUGUGAGAAAAUGGUGAUUGGCACGAUGCUGGUUAAGGACAUCCUUCAGGCCCUCACCCAGUGAUGACCCCUAACUCUUGACCCCUGACCUUUGACCCCAGCAAUUUCCUUCCUCUCCUACAGCUCGGUUCUGUCUCCCUUUGCUCACUCACAUACAUACAACCACACAUUCAUCCACUCCCAUUCCAAAUACCCCAAUACUUAGAGUCCUCUUUCUCUUCCUUAAGAUACUGGUAGUCUGAUAAGAAUAUGUAGAAGACAGGUUUGAUCCAUCGCUCAAUUGAUAUUCUCCAUGUAAUGCAGGUUUCAAACAAAUUAUGAUGAUUUUUUACUUAUACGAAAGACGCAAAUCUGGGGGAAAUAAUAGGCCCCACUUUGACUUUUAAAAUCACUUCCUACGAACCGUCGUAACAAAUUACAGAAUGGCAUUACUGUACAUGAUUUGUAAAGACAAUAAGUCAUUAAGAAUCAUCCCACUGAUCAAAUAAAAUAUGUGACGGCAUGGAAUCAACAUGGAAAUCUGAUUGGAUUUGCAAAAAGUAAUCAACGUAAGGGAAUUUUUUUUUUUCACACAACUUUUAACCUAGAUUUGUUUGUUGAUUUCACAUUGAAUUCAUGUUAACUCAAAAAUGUUUUAAUCAAAACUAGACAUUGAACUGAGGUCAGUGCCCAGUGGGAUGUUUAUCCUAACCAAAAAUCCUCCUUAUCAUUUGUCAUGACUGCUGUAAAGGUUUGACAUGCUCUCUUUAGCCAUAUCUACGAAUGGCUAAACUAAAGACUGCGAGUCCUCACCUAUACUCUUGCUAUACUUGUUUCAGCCAAGCGCAAAUGUACUAUGUAGAAAACACCAUGCCUUUUUAAAAAUGUAGUGUGGUACCAUUACCAACAUUACUUAGGUACAGUAACAGGGUAUAUCAUCAUCAAGAAAAAAGUGGUCACUCCUCAAUUUACUUUGGUCUGCUGAAUGUUCAAUGAAGUCCCCUUUUGAAUAGUGUAGUUCUCUAUUCUCAAUCUCUACCGCCUGGCCCGCUAAAUGUCAUACACAUAGAAUAGAUGUUAUUGAGUGGGAGUCCUGCGGUUGAAAAUGAUAUACAGUAAACGUGAUUGAAUGCAUUGCAAUAUUUAAUACAAAAUCUAAGGUCUGUGUUAGUGUGUGUUUGUGUCUGUGUGUAUGAAUGAUUUCAAAACAUGACAAUGUUAAAUCAUCAUGGCCCAAGGCAAACUGUUCUGUAAUCAGCAGCUAUCUGUGUUUUCCUGCCUUUCCAUUGACUUUUGCAUAUACUUACUGUAUUUCCAGUAUAGGUUAACCAUGCUAUAUUUAAAAGUGGUUUCUAUCAUGCUAUAAACCCACUGAUGUUGUCAUAAUGAGACCUACGGAAAUGGGAUCCUAAGGAAACUGCACUAUGCUGUCUUGGGCGCCAAUGGGUCACACCAGGUAAAGGGCCUUGCUCUGUAUCGGGGAGACACGUGAUAUGAUAUAACAUAACCCACCUGCAUAUCUGUGAGCUGCCUUCGUGACAUAAGUGAUGUUAUUUAUUUAUUUGUUUAGAUUUUUUUUUGCCAUAGGAACAUGUAUUUGUAUCGUCACACCAAAGGAGUUCAAUACAGCAAGCAUCAAUAACAGUUAUCAUAGAAAGUUGGAGAGUGAAAGAAAAGGGAAAAUGACAGCAGUUUUUUACUCCUUGAAAUUUGAAUUGUUUUAUUUGUUCAGUAUCGCACUGGUAAAUCUUUCAAGCUUGUGAACUUAAUUCACAGGUUUGUGGAGUCAUGACACCGUCAAAGAACAAAUCAUUUAAGUUGAAUAUACAUGUCAUUUCAAAUUCAUUUUACUACUGGUAUGCAGACAAUUUGAGGACAUAAUUUGCUUAACUCAUACCAUUGACCUUAUGAAAAGUACCUUAUUGAAAGUACUGUUAAACGUGGCAGUGGUCUAUUGUUUCCUCCCCUAAAAUACAAAGCUAUAUAUAACUUUAAAUGGUUAAACCUUUCUCUCAAAAUGAAAACUUUGCAAUGAAUUUAAGAUAAUAGUGGAUGGAGCAAUCAUUUAAAGGGUAUUGUUAUUUUAAUGCACACUCGCUUUCUCUUUCUGAUGUCAUGAUUAUGGUCUACCAUAUCUUCUGUGUGGUUAUGAAAUAAUGUAAUGUUUAAGCUUUUAUUUAUUAUUCAAAUGAAAAUAAUGAAAUUAAAAGGAUGAAAUCUG